AUGACCCGGGCAGGUAUCUGUCUAUCCCCUUUCACCCCUCUAUCUAUCCCCUUACCCCCUUCCCUCUCGCUCUCUCUCAGUGGUUCUCAACCAGGGGUACACGUACCCUUGGGAGUACGCAGAGAUCUUCCUGGGGGCACAUCAGCUCAUCCAGAUAUUUGCAUAGUUUUACUACAGACUAGUGAAGUCAGUACAAACUACAAUUUCAUACAGACAGUGACAUGUUUAUACUGCUCGAUACACUAUACACUGAAACCGGUGGGCGCGGUGAAGGUGUCCGUGGGCGCUGCCAGCAUCCAGGUGGCGAGGGGAGGGAACGUGCUUCUGCCUUGCAGCUUCUACACCUCAGCCUCGCUGAGUCGCCUCAACAUCAUCUGGACGGUCAUCCCGCUGGCGGAGCCAAACCACCCCCAGCAGGUCCUGGCCUAUGAGCAGGGAGAGGUGGUGGAGAGUCUGUCCCAGUACACGGGCCGUGUGGGCUUCGCCUUCCCACCCGCCCAGAGUGCCACCAUCUUCCUCAACGAGACGCGCAGCUCGGAUAGCGGGACGUACCAGUGCAGCGUCAUGAACCCACCCGACAGGGACACGCCCAACAUCGGGGUCAUCCAGCUCACCGUGCUCGUGCCCCCCUCCAGCCCCGAGUGCUCCAGCGAGGGGAGCAGGGAGGAAGGGGGGGACGUCCACCUGUCGUGUGCUGUGCGGGAAGGCGUGCCCACCCCUACCUUCAGCUGGGAGAAGAUCCCCCCUGACACACAGCCCCUAGUGAUGAGCUACACAGGUACUGGGAACGAGGCGCGCCGGGCCCUGCUGACCCUGCAGAACCUGACGGCCGCCACCUCAGGCCUGUACCGCUGCACGGCCUCCAACGCGCUAGGCUCUGGUUCCUGCACCCUCCAGCUGCGCGUGCGCCUGGCCCCACAGGGCACGCUGGGCAUCGCGGUAGGCAUCACCGUCACCCUGACCAUGGGGCUGGUGCUGCUGGCUCUCCUAGCCCUGGUGCUCUGGCUGCACCACCAGAGUGUGCGGAAGUGGCCGGAGGAGGAAAUGGAGGAUUCGUACAAUGAGAUCAGAGUCGACAGCCUCUCACCGCGGCGUCUGAUCGUAGCCAAGACUCUCUCCAGCGACAUCCCCAUGGCCAACCAGGCAGCAAAGCCCCUCUGGAUCUUCACCAGCUCCACCCCCAACACCACCUAUGCCAACCGCCAGAGUGGGCUGGGCGAGGGGAGUCAGGCGGCACCGCCCGGGGGGCUGCGACAGUCAGCAUGGGCAGCGCACCAGGGCAGGAAGAGGAGCAGCAGCAGCCUCUCCAAGGAGGGAUCCCUACCAGGCAGCCAGGCAGAGGAGGAGCCAGCCCCAGCCAAGGCGCUUCCCCCCAAGCACCCCGGAUUCCUGGUCUAGGGGCAGUGGGUCCAAUGGGCACAGAACUUGGGUGCUGAUGCC